GACUUUCCGACCCGAGUCCUCAGCAGGACUACGACCCAAUGGCAUCUCCCGGACCGGUGAGUACCAGCAGCCCGGUGCAGGGAGCGGGGCUCGGGGAGAGCCCGUCGAUGAGCACUGAGAAACUGAGCUCCUCGGCUGUCAAUCGCAUGUUAAUGGAGUUUCUGAUUUACUGCGGGAGAGCCGUGUUCGUCUUCUACCCCGUAUACCUGACGGGUUACCUGGGCCUCAGCAUUAGCUGGGUGCUGCUGUGCAUGUUUAUGCUCACUUGGUGGAAGAAAAAUCGCCAGUGGAAGGACGCCCGGAUCGGAUCGGCUAUUGACUUUGUGGACAAUGAAAAGCACACGAUCAACACCGAGCUGAAAGGUUCCCUACAAAUGGCAUCUUGGGUGAAUUUCACUGAUGUGGAGAAGGUUCAGUGGCUUAACAAGGUGUUGGAGCAGGCGUGGCCUUUCUUUGGGAUGUACAUGGAGAAGCUAUUAAGAGAAAACAUCCAGAAGUCUGUCAGGGCCUGCAAUACUGCACUCAAAGCAUUUACUUUUACCAAGAUCCAUUUUGGAAACAUACCUCUCAAGAUCACUGGAAUAAGAGCAUACACACAUGAAGUGGAACAUAGGGAAGUGAUUCUGGACAUGAACUUAAGUUAUGUUGGUGAUGUGGAUAUCGAUGCUCAGGUGAACCCAGCAAUCACAGCUGGUGUGAAAGGACUUAAACUGCACGGGAUGAUGAGAGUUAUUUUAGAGCCUCUUAUUGGUCAAGCACCUCUGGUGGGAGGAGUCACUUUUUUCUUCAUUCGCCGCCCUACACUAGAAAUAAACUGGACUGGCAUGACAAACGUUCUGGACAGCCCUGCUUUUGGUUCACUGUCAGAGGAGACCAUCAUAGACAUCAUCGCUUCUCUCAUGGUGUUGCCCAACCGCAUGUGUAUUCCCCUCAUAGACCAGGUCAAAAUGGACCAAAUGAGGUUUCCACUUCCUCGUGGGGUGGUGAGGGUCCACUUGCUGGAGGCAAGAGAUCUGGUGGCUAAGGACACAUACAUGAUGGGUUUAGUGAAAGGCAAAUCAGACCCCUAUGCCACACUCAGAGUGGGUAACAGAAAUUUCAAAAGCAAGACCAUCAAAGAGAAUUUGCACCCAAAAUGGAAUGAAGUGUAUGAGUUUGUUGUCCACGAAGCGCCGGGCCAAGAGCUGGAAUUAGAGCUCUAUGAUGAGGAUACAGACAAAGAUGAUUUUCUUGGAAGAUAUAACCUCGAUUUGGGAGAAGUGAAGAGGGAAAAACAAAUGGAUCAGUGGUUUGCUCUGGAGGAUAUACAGCAUGGUGAAGUUCAUCUGAAGCUCCAGUGGUUUUCCCUUCAGACUGACACCAGCCUGAUGAAGGAGUCCACCGACAACCUUGCCUGUGCUAUGCUUGCAGUGUAUCUGGACAAUGCCACUGAUCUACCAAAAGAUGGCCGUGAGGCUGCAGACCGUCAUAAACAUGGGAAGAACCCCAAAGAAGCACGGCUCACAAAGAGAGUCGCCUGCCCCAACUCCUUUGUUGAAUUUUCCGUUGACAAGGAUGUUAAGAAAAGCAAGGUUGUGUAUGCUUCCAAAGACCCGGUGUGGGAGGAGGGCUUCACCUUCUUUGUGCGUAACGUCAAAGCGCAGCACCUCUCUAUUCAGGUGAAAGAGCCUGAGAAGAAGAAUCCACUCGGUGUUCUCAACUUGCCCCUCAGUCGCCUCCUCAACACCUCCGACCUGACUCUAGACCAGCGCUUCUUGCUGGAGCGCUCUGGAGCAACCAGCCAGAUCAAACUGAAGGCCACUCUGAGGAUUCUUAAAUUGGAAGAGCCUCCACCCAAGCCUAUCGUCAAUCCUCCUUCAGAAGUCAAACAGCAACAGACCAAAAAAGAAGGGAAUACCUCAGUCUCCAGUCCCUCCAACGCUCCAUCCUCCUCUAACGUAGUUUCCUCCAAAGAAAUUCCUGUUGUCUCUACUCCGAAACAAGUGCCAACUUCACCAAAUGAAGGUUAUUUAGCUCAACGCCGUGGCUCCUUCCAGGCGCCUGAAAACAGGAAGGAAUCAUCUUCAUCAGGAAACUUGCGUCGGUUUGACUCUCACAGCCUCCUGUCGGAGAACUCCAUUGCUUCAUCACGAUUCGACCUGUCAGAUGGAGCCACCUAUCCAGAGGCCAUUAGGAAUCAUCAGGGUUCGUUUGGAGAGAUUGAGCUGAUUAUACGCUAUGCAACCCUGAGACAUAAGCUUGUUGUCUUUGUUAACAGUUGCAGGAACCUAUUCCCCUGCAGUGAGAACGGCACAGACUCUUACGUCCGCCUGUAUCUCCUCCCCGACCAAACCUGGAAGCAUCGUAAGAAGACGCAUGUCAAGAAGAGGACAACUAAUCCUGUCUUCAAUGAAAAGGUUGAGUUUGACGUCUUACUCGAGCAAGCACAAACUAGGAAGUUGGAUGUGUCUGUGAAAAAUAACAAGAUGUUGGUUUCCAGAGAGAGAAAGGACAUUGGCUCGGUAAUAAUAGAUCUAUCAGAAAUAGAUCUAGUCAAAGGCAUCACAGCGUGGUAUGAGCUCACUCUACCCGGGCUGAAGAAGUAAGUGUAGCACAUACAACUGAGAGAAACUUCAGCUUGAAAAGCUGCUGCUGCAACCGCUGCAGAGAAAAUGACAGAAGUUCAUACUCCUUACGCAUCCGAAACACAGCAAACUAAGAUUUGUGUGUGUGUGUGUGUGUGUGUGUGUGUGUGUGUGUGUGUGUGUGUGUGUGUUUUGUGACAAAAAAGACCCUUAAUAGCAAUGAAAAAAAGGUUUGUGCAAGCAAAGCAAUGUCUAUAUUUUGGUUAUUUCAUCUGAACCAAAGUUCAUCUUUUGUGUUUUAUUGUAAAUAGAUUUAUUGACAGUUUUUUGUAUAUAUAUUGGGGGAAAUCAGGUAAAAGCCAAAUGUUUGUUACAGCAAUGUAGAUGAGUGAGUGCAUGGUGAGGAUCGAUUACACACUUUGAUAAACACUGAAAUGCACAAAGUCCCACUGAGCAGAUUUUACAUCGAGGCAGCUGAGCUGUUCUGCAGCUCAUUGGAAGUAAAACUGCAUCCAAGAAGGGCACAAGCCAAGUUCUUUGGCCUCAGUUACUGACUCAAUAGGAUAUUAUUCCUUUUCAACCUAAUCCUCUCAGACCAUUCAAAAUAACAUCUCAGUACACCGUCAUUCUCUUUAUGAAGGACUACAGUUCUGAGCUGAGUAGUUAAUCAGAGGUUUGACAUAAACACUUCAAAGAAAGAUGGGGGUUUUUGUAUUUAUGUGUUAUUUAAAAGAAAUCUCAAUUGUAGUUGGUAAAUUUGUUACAACAGGUGGCAGAAUAUUUUUAGUAGAACUGUCUUCAGACUACCAGAGAUCUACGGUGGUUAAAGGCUUUGUCUUGGCUAAUAGUUUGAUGUUUUUCUGUUUUUACAUUAAUUAUUGAGCAGGGAAUCUGUUCCCGGUUCUUGUUUUUGAGCUGAAGCUAAAAGGGACAUUUAUUUUCAAUUCAUAUUUAUGGCAAAUAAAUAUCUUCAAACAAA